ACCAAGGAGACCGGCAAGCCCGGUGUGUUCAAGGCAGGGUGGCAGACACGGAGGCCGGGUUGUUGCCAUGGUAACAGGGAACCAUGACUGCUCCGCUUAGACCAGCCAUCUUUACAUUGUGUGUGGUUUGAUGCUCUGACAGCUGGCAGUGGGGGAUUGGAGGUGCAGGGAGCCAUGCUGCCCGGCAAGUACCGAGGGAGGCUGGUGUCCAAUGCUGUAAACAACUGUGGACUUCAUUUAGUUUUGCAGACCUCACCAGUAGCCGAAAAAAACAAACAGUAUGAAUUCAGAUUAAGCAAAGAAUCCUCCUCCGUUAACAGCCGUACCACUCAACACGAUGUAGAAAGGAGCAGUGGGGGAAGGCAAGAUGGAAGAGUUUCAAGUCCUGUCACACGUAGCAAACAGUCUUACAUCCCAGUAACUACUAAUGUCACAGAGGUGUUUGGCUCUGCUCCGAAAUAUGGAAAAGAGUACAUGUCCUUGGGUGCACUUGGAGACAUCCCAAGUCAUUUGCUACCAAAACCCAGGUCCAGAUCUGUCUCAAACUGUGCCAACCCCAACAACAACAACGAAGACAUGCCAAAAGAACAAUUCAGUUACAUAAGAAACUUGCCAAGGCCAGAACCAGGAUGUCCCGUUGUGCACCGUACUCCAGAGGAGAAAGCCAUCUGCCCAGACAAACUUAACCUAGAAAGGCAAAAGCUGAAUGUCUGUCCUAUAAUAGAAGGGGAGGAAAAUCUGCGAUUAUUAUAUUUCCAGCACAACUUUAUUACAAAAAUCCAGAAUUUAUCAAGUCUGCAGCGCCUUAUAUUUCUAGAUUUGUAUGACAAUCAAAUUGAAGAAAUAAAUGGUCUUUCAGCUUUACGAUCUUUGCGUGUCCUCAUGUUGGGAAAUAAUAGAAUUAAGAAAAUUGCAAACCUGGAGAGCCUUAAAAGUCUUGAUGUUUUGGAUUUACAUGGGAAUCAGAUAUCUAAGAUAGAGAAUGUCAGUCACCUGGGAGAGCUAAGAGUGUUAAACCUCGCAAGGAACUUCAUAAGCCAAGUGGAAAAUCUUAAUGGUCUAGACUCACUAACAGAACUUAACCUUAGACACAACAAAAUCAAUCUUGUGAGAGAUGUGGAUACUUUGCCAAGCCUCCAGCUUUUGUAUCUCAGCUUUAACAACAUAUCAAGAAUCAAUGACAUCCUGUGCCUUGCUGACUCUACAUCACUUUCAGAUGUCACACUUGAUGGCAAUCCUAUAGCUCAAGAGACAUGGUACAGACAAACCAUUCUUGGACAUAUGCUGCAGCUACGACAGCUGGAUAUGAAGAGAAUCACGGAAGAAGAAAGGCGUACUGCAUCUGUUCUGGCAAGAAAAGAGGAAGAGAGGAAGCGUGAGAGCCAUAAACAAGCCUUACUAAAGGAGAAAAAACGAAUAGCGAUUUGCAAUGCUGCACGCCAGUGGGAUAUUCAGCAAAACAGAGUUCCCACACUUGCUUCAGAUCUAGAAAGUCUUGACUGUGCAAGUCCUUCUCAUAAACCUUGCCAGAUAAACGGGACUACGUCUUAUGAAUUUCCUAAAGAAGAAAGAUCAAUUGACACAGUGCUCAGCAGUGCAGUGCAAGCUCUUUCUGUCAUAGAUUCCCACCUUGUGGAACUUGAAGGAGAUACACUUUGCCUUUAUGGGUCAGGGGCCCUGGAGUCAUUGGAUAGGACUUGGAGUGUUCAGACUUCGGGGUCAGUCUGCACCGUCUCUUUUACUUUUGUAAAUUUUGAUGAUAUAGUACAAGUUCUUCCAAAGCUGAGAAUCAAAUUUCCAAACGCUACGCACCUAAAAUUUAAAGAGACCAAUUUGAGCAGCCUACAUCAGUUCAAUGCCUUGUCUCAGCUACGUCGGCUUGAUCAGUUGACUUUGGAUCCUCAGGGAAACCCUGUUGUUAACUUUAGUUUGUGGAAAUUCUAUGUUCUUUUUAGACUGAACAACUUCAACAUACAGAAAAUUAAUGAUGUCGAGGUUACUCAGAAUGACAUUGUUAUGUCGGAGAAAUUAUUUGGUAUCCUUGCCUACAUAGCAUCGUCCAAAUUACCACAAUCUAAACUUCUUGCAAUACUUGGCGACUUCAGAAAAAAACCGUUCAAUCAAUUUCUGGAGGGGAAAUCUAAGAAGUAUCCAGCAGCAGGCGACGAAAGUAAUGACUACCGGAAGUUAGGAGGAGAUAUCCCAAGCAGAGCGGCAUUGCAUUACCUUCCUCAAGAUCUGCUCAACGAGAAACUGGAGGAAAUCAAAGAAAAGAAGGCCUUUUGCCAUACCUACGUGCAGGACCUUGCAAAUGAAGCUGCUGACAUCAAUAUGAAAAAUGAAUCCCUGCAAAAGUUAUGGCCGCAGAUGUUCAUUGAACUUGUCAGAGAUGCAGUGAUUGAAGUUCGUGAUAAAAACUCCUACAUGAAACAAUGCUUACAAAGGAUCUGUGAGCAAAAAUAGCCAUGCAAAACCACAAUUUGGGCACGUUCCAGAUAUCCUUUCUAACCAAGACAACACUAUAAUUCAGUAUUCUCCUUAAAACCGUACUUUUCUAUUUCCAAAAAUGCAUUUUUCCUCUUUCCCUAAGAUUUCAAGUAUUCGAAUAUUACCACAAGGUUUAAAAUUAAUUUCAAUCAAGAAAUUAUUGUAGAGGAGAAUCAAGCCAUGAAGUCUUCCACUUUUUGUCGCUUUUGAGGACUUUGUGGAAAGGGUCCUUCACGGGAUAUUCACUUUGUCUGAAGAUAAUCCUCGUUUCAAUUAAUUUUGCUUUUUAUGAGUCUUUGUUUAAGAAAAAGUCUAAUAAAUUCUCUCUUUUGA